AUGUCUUCCGGAAGAUUUGGGGAAAAGGUGUCACCACCCCCGUUACAAGUGGAGCCGCUGUUCUCUUCUGGGCAUCCCAGUAAUCGCGUCGAUCUUGUAUUCUUUUCCGACGGAUAUACCGUUGAGGAGAAAGAUCAGUUCAUCGCAGAUGCGACGCGUUUAGCGAUGGACAUCUCAAAUAACCACACAUUCAACACCGUCAAACCGCUGCUAAAUUUCUGGGCUGCCUUCUCGCCAAGCAAUGAGAGCGGCAUAGGCACUGGCGGAGUGCCGAAAGACACCACAUUUGGUCUCUACCGGGAUGGAACAGAACUUCGGGGAGUAUACUACAGCAAACCGGACGUUGCGCGAGCGGCGUGUUUCUCCAUGGGAGAUCGAUGCGACUAUCCCAUAUUGAUGGGGAAUGAUCCUCUCUACGGAGGCUUGGGCGGCGAGUUCACAGUGAUAACACCCUCAUUGGCUAAUGGUGCCCUUGUCCUUCGCCAUGAACUUGGACAUUCAAUUAUUGACGUUGGCGAGGAGUACGAUGGCGGCUAUGCGUACUUUGGGGUGAAUGCUGCACACGACAUAUCGAAGGCGAUUCCCUGGUCUCAUUGGCUUACCAACGCCUCUUCAAUUUCAGUCCACCAUCACGAUCACGACAAUGAUCACACUAGUGCGCGCGUUGAACGAUCCAUCAUGCCAAUGCAGGCAUAUCCGUGGACGAUGCUUAACGUCUCCUCUCCAUGGUGCAUCAGUUUUUCUUCAUCCGGAACUUACGCGAGACACCUCGUCCGCUUUUCCCUCUCGGGAUUGCCUCAAAUGGGUGACCUCCUGGUUGAAUUGGACGGCCAGGAUCUCCUGUGGGCUCCGCAGCCAGAUAUUGGCGUUGAUCGAUGGCACUAUGAUGUGCAUCCAAAUGGAGCGCUGAGUGAGGGUGUCCACGAGCUCAAGUUUACCCUCAGAAACAAAGACGUAGAAGGAACGGCGCAGCUGUGCAGCGCCGAGAUUCUGGAGUUUGGGGAUGAAACGGAAUUUGUCGCAACGCCAGGAUAUUACGGUGCCUUUCCCACCUUCUCGGAGAGGAACGAGACAACCUACCGUCCUACUAAUGAAGACUGCCUCAUGCGGGUUGUGACGACACCUAACUUCUGCAAAGUCUGCAUCGAAGGCCUCUGGCUCUCAUUACUGAAACGAGUGGAUCUCAUUGACAGCCUGAACGCGGGAUGUAAACUGGAGGAAGGGAGAUGGAAGAGGACGCUAGGCCUCGACCUCGUUCCGCUUGCCCAAUUCCGCGAGGAGGCAGUCGAGGUAGAAGAGAGCUACACGAUCACGUGGGCAAAGAACGGGGAUAUCCUCGCGACCUUCGCGAAUCAAACCAGGAUAGAAGUGGAUGAUGCGGACGCCCUCGGGACGUACACUGUUGACGUUCAAUUUACGACGCCCGAGGUGCGGGUGGACAAGGACGGCCUCCUUACGUCGAGAGUGGUAUACGCUGUGACUAGCUCAUGCCAGCCGUGA